ACGUGCGGUCCGUCGGUCGCACGCGUUCAGUCCGUAUUAACGACCGUGCACGGCGGUCGCGAACAACCGACCACGCACACCGGAUCCUCCGCGCACGAAUAACGCACUCUCGCCGCCCGCGCGCGCAGCUAUAGACGGAGUAUAGCUCUGGACCGCGGUCGCAUGCAUCAUCGCUUCCCGGACCGUGGUCGUACACAAUAUUACGACCUCUUGCGCGCGAACCGUCAGCGUUGAUUAUUAUUGUUAUACAUUUUAAACCGACCGUGUUCGCGAACCUACGACGGUGCGUCUCUCUACGACGUGUUCAUCGUGAUAAUCGUCCUAUAGUGAGACACUACCCGCGAUCACCUCGUGUUAUAAAAUAAUAUUAUGAUGGGCAGCGCCGACGUCUGGUGGUCGCACGUGCCGGUCGUUGGCCGUGCGGUCCGAUUCGCCGUGCUUUUGAUCGUCCUCCGGCUAGCCGAUUUCAUGACGGCGGUAACGUGCGCGGCAGCUGCAGACGACGACCGACACCAGCAACACUUGCAGCAACAGCAGCACGUCCACCUCACAGAACUGAGUCGUAACAUAAUCAAAGGGCUGAAAUUGGAAAAGUUACCGGACAUGACCAAGGUGGACAUCAGCAAUGAAGAAUUCCAUUGCAAGUAUUUGGAAUAUUUCCGGCGAUUGUACGUGGAUGAAUCAGAAUUUUACGAUCCCGACGACAACGAUGAUGUAACAAUGGCAGCGAGUUAUGAUAAUGAUGACGACCACGACGUAUCCGCGAUACUAGUACGGGGCCAAGUGAAACACUUCGGCGGCGAUAACAGAAACGACGAAUCUCCGGAUCUGCCGACAGACGAUGACGGCGAUUUGAUGCAGCAAACUACAUCCAUCACGUUCCCGAUUUAUGAUACGGCGGUGCGCGGAAGUGGCAGUCGCGUGACGGUAAUCAAAUCGGUGGUGCGAAUCUACGCAGACGCCCCUCACGUACGGGUCCGCGUGUACGGCCGCUUGCUGCAGCAGGCCGGUACCGUACUGCGGGAAAACCCGUCGCUCGUUGCCGACCUCAUAUGGCCGGUUGGCGGCGGCGGACGGUGGGUGGACGUGGACGUGACGCGCCUAUUACGGCCGCGAAAACGUCACCGCGGCGGUGGAGUGACCGCCGUGUCUCUGGAAUUGUUGUUGCGAUACUCGGCGACGGCAGCAGCCGGAUCUGUCCGUUUCGUCCCCGAAACGGACAACAACGACGGCCGAUAUGUUCCUAUUCUACACGCUUUUAUGAACGGAGCGGUGGACGGCGGCGCGCGUUCGGCGACCGCGGCCGUCCGAUGCCCCGGCGAAACGAAACGGAAAAAACGAGAGGGUGGCGGUGGUCGCGGCCGCGGCCGCGGUAAAAAACGUCGUCGGCCGACCGCGUCCGGUCGCGUCCGUCGGACUGACUGCAAGGUUGACACGUCGUCGGGCAACGACAACGGGACGGAGCACGGCGGCGGCGGGAACAAAUGUUGCCGGGAAGAGAUGCGCGUCGUUUUCGCCGACAUUCCGGGUUUCGAUUUCAUCGUCGAGCCCAAGUGGUUCGACGCGGGCCUUUGCCGGGGACGGUGCCCGGCCAAGUACAAUCCGGCCACCCGGCACGCAUUCAUCCAGAGCCUGUUGUGGAAACAGCACAACAACAACAACCGUCGUGCGGAGGUCGCCGGUGACGGCGGGGAGAGGCGGGCCCGGAGAAAGGUCCGUCACGGCGGCGGCGCGGCGACAGCCACGACAAAGGCUCCCCAGCCUCCGCCCAAACCGUGUUGCGCGCCCAAUAAACUGGACCGGUUGCAGAUCAUUCAUGUCGACGAGACAGACCCGAGCUCGCUGAAAGUGACCACGUGGAAAGAAAUGGCUGUCGUGGAAUGUGCGUGUUCGUGAUCGACGUCUUUCGGGUUAAGUUUGACGUGAGUGUAGAAUGCACUUGCACCCCAUCCUAUGCAUGCGUAAACAUUAAGAUAAUAUUUUGUGCGAUGUACGAAAUCCCUGUCAGAAUUUUUUAUUUUUUGCUUCCGUUAUUAUCGUUGAAUAUUAUUUUUGUUUAUGCGCUUAAUUAAAGACAUGUGUCAUAUACAUUUUGGUCAUUUAAAUAUUUAAUAAUUGGCCACACAACUUUCAAAAUGAUUUGUUAUCAUGCUAUUUUAAAGAUAAUAAUAUUUCGAAUAACAAUACGGUAGAUAGCGAAAAAAAAGGAAUUAAUUGGUGCUUUCUAUAAUCUAAAUAGUGCAUUUUUAUUUAUUUAUUUAUUAUAUACUCAAUACAGUUUUUCGGUAUCAUGUAAGUGUUGAAAAAUGUUGUAAUAGGUAAUUAGGAAAGAUUAGUUGAUCUCGGCGCCGCAGUCGCAUAGUGUUUAAGCAAUUUAACAAAUAUUAUGUAUUAUGUAGGUAUGCGAUAUAUGCGCGUUCGAUGACGAAUCGCCAAAAUAUACGGGCCAAAAAUAUAUUAUACUAUUAUUAUUUAUUGUAUAAUAUGCUCAAAAUGAUCUAAUGAAUUUUUUAUUGCUUACGAGUUAAUUAUAAUAUAUU